GGACUUCCGGCGCGGCCGGCGCCCAGUGUCCGGUGUCCCUUGGGCCGCUGCUGGCGCGUGAGACGGGUUGCGGUGCCCUUCGUCUGUGCGGCUGGGUUGGCUCUUGACGACCGCACGCGGAGUGGGGGGAAUGAAUGAUGGCAGUUCGCCGUGCAUUAAAAGCUGUUUUGGUAGACCUCAAUGGCACACUUCACAUUGAAGAUGCAGCUGUGCCAGGCGCACAGGAAGCUCUUAAAAGGUUACGCAGUUCUUCUGUAAUUGUUAGGUUUGUGACCAAUACAACCAAAGAAAGCAAGCAAGAUCUUUUGGAAAGGUUGAAAAAACUGGAGUUUGAUAUUUCUGAAGAUGAAAUAUUCACGUCUCUGACUGCAGCCAGAAGUCUAGUAGAGCAGAAGCAAGUCAGGCCCAUGCUGCUGGUUGAUGAUCGGGCAUUACCUGAUUUCAAAGGAAUACAAACAAAUGAUCCUAAUGCUGUGGUCAUAGGACUGGCACCAGAACAUUUUCAUUAUCAAACUCUGAACCAAGCAUUCCGGUUACUCCUGGAUGGAGCGCCUCUGAUAGCGAUCCACAAAGCCAGGUAUUACAAGAGAAAAGAUGGCUUAGCCCUGGGGCCUGGACCCUUUGUGACUGCUUUAGAGUAUGCCACUGACACCAGCGCCAUAGUAGUGGGGAAACCAGAAAAGACGUUCUUUUUGGAAGCAUUGCGGGGCACUGGCUGUGAACCUGAAGAGGCUGUCAUGAUAGGAGAUGAUUGCAGGGAUGAUGUUGGCGGGGCUCAAAAUGCUGGCAUGCUGGGCAUUUUAGUAAAAACUGGGAAAUACCGAGCAGCAGAUGAAGAAAAAAUUAGUCCACCUCCCUACCUAACUUGUGAGAGUUUCUCUCAUGCCGUGGACCACAUUCUGCAGCAUCUCCUGUGAACCCUCCUGUGAAUGUGAAGCAACUUGACACACAGCUUUCAUUGUCUGGAAUGGAUCCCUUACCAACUUGGUGCAGCAUCAGUAGCCACGAACCAUUCAGAGCUGAUUAUGCUUUAACCCUCUUUUAUUGUGCAUUAAUUAGAAAGAAAGGUAUUGAAUUGCAUCCAGCUACUAAGCCUU